UUUAUUUUUUUUUUUCUUUUUUCUUUUCCAUUUUCCAUUUCUCGACCCCUAAGAGUCUAGCUAAUUACUUUCACGAUUUUCAAAUAUACAAUAACAAAAUUUUAUUUGAUGGAACGUUUUGAAAACCAUAUAUGAUUAUGGGUGGUCGUAAACCAUGUUGUGAUGAGGUUGGAUUAAGAAAGGGACCUUGGACAGUGGAAGAAGAUGGGAAGCUAGUUGAUUUCUUAAGGAUACGUGGCAGCGGUGGUGGAUGGUGCUGGAGGGACGUGCCGAAACUGGCGGGACUAAGACGGUGCGGUAAAAGCUGCCGUCUCCGGUGGACUAAUUAUCUCCGGCCAGAUCUCAAGAGAGGUCUUUUUAGUGAAGAAGAGAUCCAACUCAUCAUUGAUCUUCAUGCUCGUCUUGGCAACAGAUGGUCGAAGAUUGCAGUAGAGUUACCGGGAAGAACAGACAACGAUAUUAAAAACUAUUGGAACACUCAUAUAAAGAGGAAGCUUAUAAGAAUGGGUAUUGACCCAAACACACAUCGUCGGUUUGACCAACAAAAAGUCAACGAGGAGGAGAAGGUGUUAAAGGUCAACAGUCCAAAGCCUCCGAGUCAGCCAGAGGUAGUAGUACCUGUGGUUUUGCAGAAUGACACGUCAGCUGGAAAUCUAAACGAGUUGGCUGACGUGGACGGUGAUGAUCAGCCUUGGAGCUUUUUAAUGGAAAAUGACGGUGGUGGCGCCGGAGAGCUUACGAUGCUAUUGUCCGGCAACAUUACGUCAUCAUGUUCUUCUUCGUCAUCGUUGUGGUUGAAGUAUGGAGAUUUGGGGUACGAAGAUUUAGAACUUGGUUGUUUCGAUGAUUAGUGAGAUUAAAGUAUGUUUUAUUAGGCCGUAGGUUGAUUAAUCCACAUAAGGUUCGUUGACAUCAUUCUAUAACCAUAGAUUCACGUAGUUUGAACCAAUAUAACGAAUAAAACAAUAGUAAUUUCCAAAUUCCUUAAUCAACUACUAUAUUACGUGCUUUGCACUUUUCAUGUCACUCAUAGUUAUUGAUAGCCUCCACUGAUUUCAUCUGGAACUAACAGAUAAAUUUUAGAGCUUA